AUGGCUUCUAAUGGUCCAAACCCCGGCUUCUUGGGCAACAUCAACAAGGGUCAGGAGGCCAAAUUACAAAAACUUUGGUCCCUUCUGCUUAAGGCAGGCGAAACAUCAUUAAGCAACGAUCCAUCCAAUGACUGCGAGGAGCAUUUUAGUCCAACUCAUCCCCAGAGACGGCUGUCCCUGCUUGGCCGCACACAGAGCAAUGUCUCGGAAAAAGCGAUCUCCACCCCGAACACACCAUACUACCAAAAUAUUACGAAAUUUCUUGAAGAAAUGGGAGCUGGGGUAACUGAAUCCAACACAAUCAAAAAGACCCUCUCGGAGAUCACACCUACUGAGCUUCGUACGGGAGUACUUGACACUCUCAAACACGACCACCCCGACGCCGUGCUUUUACGCUUCCUCCGCGCUCGCAAAUGGGAUGUUCCCAAGUCAUUUGCAAUGAUGAUGGAAGCAGUCGUUUGGCGAGUCAAGGAGAUGCACGUUGAUGAAGAUGUGAUGGCAAAGGGAGAGCUUCAUGCCCUUAAGCAGACCCAAAACAAAUCCAGCGCAACUGAACGGAAAGCCGGAAACGACUUCCUGUCUCAAAUGCGCAUGGGAAAGAGUUAUGUGCAUGGCGUCGAUAGGGCUGGUCGCCCGAUCGUGGUGGUUAGAGUCCGCCUGCACAAGCCUGGGGAUCAGAGUGAAGAAUCUUUGGAGCGAUAUAUUGUCCAUGUAAUUGAAUCAGUGCGGCUUACAUUGACUCCUUCGGUUGAGACUGCAGCUGUUCUAUUUGAUAUGACAGGAUUUGGGCUGUCUAAUAUGGAAUAUCCACCUGUGAAAUUUAUUCUCAGGUGUUUUGAAGCGAACUAUCCUGAAUGUUUGGGAAUAAUGCUUAUCCAUAAUGCCCCGUGGGUGUUUUCAGGCAUUUGGCGACUCAUUCGAGGCUGGAUGGAUCCUGAAAUUGCUGCGAAGGUUGAGUUCACAAAUAGUGUCGCCGACCUCGAGAAGUUCAUCCCCCGGAAUCAGAUCGUGGAAGAGGUGGGCGGCGACGAGAAGUGGUCAUACAAAUACUUUGAGCCCAGUUUCAUUGAGAACUCAAAGAUGGAUGAUACUACAACACGGGACGCCUUGAGAGGCGAGCGGCAAGCUAUUGGUGAACAGUUCUUGGCUGCGACAUCUACGUGGAUCAGUGCGACGAAAUCAAAGGACGCGACGAAAUCAAAGGACGCGACGAAAUCAAAGGACGCGACGAAAUCAAAGGACGCGACGAAAUCAAAGGACGCGACGAAACUCCGUUCCAGCGAAAGCGAAAGAGCGUAUCUAGCUGAGCGACUGCGUGUUAACUACUGGAAACUGGAUCCCUAUGUUCGGGCGCGGCUUCUCCUGGACCGAACUCAGGUCAUUCAGGAUGGUGGCAAGGUUGAUUUUUAUCCCAAGGUUCCUGUGGAGAGUGACAUUGAUAUAACCAAGGCAUUGGAGGUGGAACAUUUAGAGCAGAUUGAUAAUACCGCACUAUCCAGGUUUUCGUAG